UCUUGUAUCACCACGCCCACUCAAUACAUUCAUAGAUACAUCUCCAGUAAAGCACCACUCAGUGAUUCCGACAUCCAAAGCAUGGCAGCUCUCCUACGCCAAUUACACCACAUCACCGUCCACGUUUCCAACGUGGAAAAACUGAAAAACGACUUGAUAUCGAAGUUUAAGUUUAACUUUUUCGCGAGCAGAGUUGAUGACAGGUGCAGACAGCUGGCUUUUAAGAAAGGAGCGGCCGUUUUUGUGGUGAACGAGAGGCCAUGUGGUUUGAAUGAAGAGGUCGCUUCCGCGCCCGGAUCUCAGCGGAUGACCGCGAGAAGGUCCACGCAGGGGAACUCACUGAGGUGCCUGUACGAUGUGUUGCCGUAUUACCACGUGGACACAGUAUGUAACGUGUGCUUUGAGGUAGAGGAUGUGGAAAGGUCAUUUGAGGCGCUGCGUAAUCGGGGUUGUAGCUUUCUGGUGCCACCUACCGUGGUCCAGGACGAUGACGGUCAUGUCACGUACUCAGUUCUCAAAUCUGCGGUGGGAAAUGUGUGUCACACGCUGAUCGAUAAGUCCAAAUACAAUGGCCGCUUCCUACCGGGGUUCACCCCUGAACAGUGCGAGCAGGAAGAAGACAACUGUCCAGUGACUCAUUUUGAUCACCUGACCUACUGCUGCCCACGGAACUCCUCCGAAGAGGUCAUGGGCUGGUACCAGCAAAUGUUCGGCUUCCAGAGGUUCUUCCUUCAGAGUAAAGAAGACGUCGGCGAAGGCCUACUAAUUGACCAGGACGGCGUCGGUCUGCGACUUAAGGCCAUGGAAUACUGGAAGUGCAGCGAGACAGGAAUGGCCCUUCCGUCCUUGAGCAAGACAGAACCUGACUGCAAAUUUGUCAUUGCAGAAUCCCUUCCCGGCCAGGGCAGCAACCAGAUUGACACGUUUCUGCAGCAACAUGGGGCCUCUGGUAUCCAGCAUAUCGCACUGUACACACCAAGUAUCAUCUCUACGGCUCAAACCAUGGUCCAAUCUGGAGUGGAGUUCUUCUUUACACCCCCCGCCUACUAUGAAGAGGCCAGUAAACGACAGGAGAUUGUUGAAGCAGGAUACAGUCCUCAUGUCCUGGCACAGUAUGGAAUUCUGCUGGACACAAAGCUGGACCAGGAUUCUUCAAACUGUGAUGAGAAAAAGAAAUACCUCCUCCAGAUGUUCACAAAGCCCAUUUUUGCAGAGGACACUUUCUUCCUGGAGCUGAUUGAGCGACAGGGAGCGACGGGUUUUGGUGAGGGCAACAUCAAAGCCCUGUGGAAGGCAGUGAAUGCCUGCAUGGAGAAUGCUCAAGGGUCAGAGUGCUCUGUGACAUCUACUUCACGAUGAUGACCACGCUAAACUUUGAUGGUUCAUUCUUACACAUAUUUAAUAUGCUAUGUGACUAUUUAUUCUGCUUUCUCAGGUCUGUUCCGGGAUGUUCUAUCUUCAUGAAAUUGUAGUGAAGUGCCUCCAACAUAUGUUGAAGUGUGAUAUUUACACACAUAUAUAUAGUACAAAAUUAUGUGGAUGAGGAACACAUAUCUGACUCCUGUAACAGUGGCACUUAUUCCCUCACUGCCACAUUUUAAAAUGUUAGGAAAUUACAUGAAAUAACUGUAAUAGUGUAACUAAGUUUUGACAUUACUGUAAAGCACUUUGAUUGUUUUACUUAUUGUGGGCGUGGACUUUUAAAAGAAAUGUCU